GUCAUGAAAUGGAUAACAUGGAUAACAGAGGUUUACCUGAGAUGGAAGAUCUUUAUUUAAAGAAAAAGCCAGGUGAUGAAUUUUUAUCGGUGGAUACUUCCAAGAUGUAUUUUGUUGAUCGUGAAAUGACAAGAUCUCCUGGGGAUCUACAUCAUUCUCACUAA